AUGUCUCAAACCCAACUGGAAGCAGCCCUUGAGACUAUCAUAAACGUUUUCCACCAAUAUUCUGUGCGUGAUGGGCAUUUUGACACCCUCAGCGAAAAGGAGAUGGCUGAGCUGAUGAAAAAGGAGCUUCCAAACUUCCUGAAGGAUAAAAACAACCCAAAGGCCAUUGAUGAAAUGUUCAAUGAUCUGGACAAGAACAAAAAUGGCGAGGUCAGCUUUGAAGAAUACCUAACCUUACUCAGCAGGGUGCUAAUUACUUCCAAUGAACCCAAUGAUGAAGAAGGCCAUGAGGGACACUUCCACAACUAAGCCCCAAGAGUGAAGCCAGCUCGUUGUGCCAAUCAACAUACCUUCAUCAA